CUUGUUGCUUCUUUGGUUCUGCUACGAAGACCAGAGAGACAGAUAAGAGGUCAAACAUCUUCGAUUCUUUUGUGUUCUCUUGGUUAUCUUCUCACUCCACUUACGUGUUUGUUGAAGAGCCGGGAGAAAUGAAGACGUAUGUGGAACCCUUCUUCCUCCCUCUUCUCUUCUUGUGCUUCUCCUCCUGGCUUUCUUUGCAUGGCUCUGCAGACACUUCCACCUCCCAACUCAGCCAAACGCAAACACGAAUCAUGGGGAUUCUCUCCCGGAGCCUCCACAGCUCCUUACCCAACGCUAAAUGGAACACGAGUGACCCAAAUCCUUGUCGUUGGAUAAGAGUCAAGUGCUCUUCUUCAGGAAACUCCUCGGUGGUCAAAAGCCUAGACCUCUCCGGCGUCGGCUUAUACACCGCCUUCAACUCCUCGUCGGCUGCCAGAUUCUUCGACCUACUGUGCCGCCUUGACUCUUUGGAGUCCCUCGACCUCUCUGCGAACUCUUUGACCGUCAUCCCCGGGUUCUUCUUCCCCAACUGCAGCUUCUUGCAUGGGCUGAAGCGACUCAAUCUCAGCUCCAAUAUGUUAUAUGAUGCUCUACAAAAUUUCUCGAGUUUUAGUUCUUUGGAGACGCUGGAUUUGUCUUACAAUAACUUCGGUGGAGCAGUCGAUUCGCAGUUAGAUGGCCUCGCCAGAUUGAAAAGCUUAAAUCUUUCUGCGAAUGGCUUCACCGGAAAGAUGCCUGCUCUUGGGAAGAGCCAAGGAUUGGAGGAACUGGUUCUGUCUGCGAAUUCCUUCUAUGGCCAAAUCCCAAGUGACAUCGGUGGUCAUCAAAACCUGACCUUAUUGGAUCUAAGCCAGAAUGACCUCUCUGGGUCGACUCCAGACGGGAUCGGGAAGCUCUCUAAGUUGGAGACGCUGCUCCUUUCUUCUAAUAGUUUGGGCGGGCAGAUCCCCAGAAGCUUGUCCAACAUCACGAGUCUCUCUCGAUUUGCCGCCAAUCAGAACUUCUUCAUCGAUAGCAUACCUUCCGGAAUUACCAAGUAUGUCAGGCGUUUGGACCUCAGCUACAAUAACCUUAGCGGCGAGAUACCAGCGGACCUUCUGUCAUCUCCUAAUCUGGUGUCCGUGGAUCUGUCAUACAAUAAGAUUCAAGGUCCUAUUCCUAAUAAUCUGUCUCAGAAUCUCUACCGAUUGCGGCUUGGUGGGAACUCACUCGAUGGGACCAUUCCAGAAACGAUUGGGAAGCUCUCCAGUUUGACGUACUUGGAGCUGAAUGACAAUAAUUUAGACUCGCAGAUUCAUCCACAGAUCGGCGGCUGCAAGAAUCUGACGCUCUUAAAUCUUGCAUCCAAUCGUUUGCAUGGCGAAUUGCCGGAGGAGUUGGGUAGCCUUCAAAAGCUGGUUGUAUUGAAGCUUCAAAAGAACAACCUCACUGGUGUGAUCCCAUCAGCAAUUUCCAGAUUAGAGAGUCUUUCGAACUUGAUCUUAGAAGGUAAUAAUUUCGAUGGUUCUAUACCCGAUACCAUUGGUAGCAUGUCAUCUCUGAUAGAACUGCGGCUGGGAGGCAACAGGCUGAGUGGAACAGUUCCUACAAUGCCUGCUAACUUGAGGAUAGCUCUUAACCUCAGUCAUAACUUACUCAGUGGAUCCAUACCAUCGUCUCUCGGUGCUUUAACAGAAUUGGAGGUUCUUGAUCUCUCAGACAAUGGUUUUACUGGUGAGAUUCCAAGGUUUUUAGCAGACAUGAGAAGCUUGACACUGUUAAAUCUGUCCAACAAUUAUCUUUCUGGAAUUCGUCCUGCAUUUGGAAAUUAUGUUACUGUCAUCACCUCUGGGAACAGGUAUCUCAAUUACUCAACCGAAAGCCAAAACACAUCGCUUGGGUCACGUAAGAGGAAGAUCACCUUGGAUGAAGCGAUUGUCAUUGCAACGUUCAGCAGCGGUAUCAUCGUCUCCUACUCGUUGGCGACAAUCGUAUACCAUUGCUUGUAUCAGUCAAAAAAGAGAGACCAAACUGUAAGGAAUUCUAUUUUAGACGGGUCCUCGCCUUCCUUUAGGCUCUUCAUCGAAAGAGUACACAGACUCCAGCGUCAGGCCAUGUACGUAGAAAAUGAUGAUUCCGAACUCUCCUUGGAGACAGCAGAGUGAUGUCACCCACUUGUUUAGCUGUUCUCAGAAUCACCAUAAUAUAAAUAAAUAAAUAAAUAAAUAAAUAAAUAAAUAAAUAUAUAUAUAUCUUAUGUGAUUUAGAUAAGAAAAGAGAUUUUGAUUUAGGAAGAAA